AUGCGCGUGCAUGGGAAAGUUCAGAAAAAAAGCUUUUCGCUCAAGCGUUACGGACAAGCGGCCCGCGAGCGCGCCAUUCAGGCCCGGAGAGAGAUGGAGCGCGAGUUCGGGAGAUCAAGCGGCCAGUGCGUCCCUGCCUCGGACUUCGUCGAGCUCACCAGACGGGCUCUCGACGGAAGUGACACGGUCGACGGCAGGUCAGCAGCCUCGGAUGCGAGAGGCCUCCAGUCGCCGAAUAUGAUGGGCGAACCGAUCCGAGGGGGACGAGGAUCGCCCGACAGCUCGCUGCAUGGGUCCUCGUCGCCUGGGGACGCUGCCGUGGCUGCCCGCGUCCUUCUCCAGCACAUACAACAGGCAAAUUCGCUGUGCAAGGAACGCUUGGGAGGAGGGCGGGUCGUCUACCCCCAUGCAGUCGCGGCCCAGCUCCUCUCGGUGUCUCGGCACGCGCAAGAUAUUUCCGUGGAGUGCGAGGAAGUUAAGACGGCGUCAGACUGA